GGUUUGCUCUUUCAGUCCCUCGAGGUUCGAGUUGUGGUGGCGUUCUUUCGGUGUUUCAGUGAGGUCUCACUGUGAUCGUAGUGAAUUGUUUAACAAAUGUUGUCCAUUAAAACAGUGUGACAUGUUUUUUCUAACUGUUGUACAAAUUGGAAAUUUCACUCUUACUACAAGAAUUAAUUAAAGAAAUAGCAUUUUUUGUUAAAAUGACAAGUGAAAAAGAAAUUAUCGAUUGGGGUGAGGAUUUUGACGAGAGCAAUUACAAAAGUUGCUUCGCUCGUUCAGUGGCAGUGAAUUCACAAUAUAAACAAUUGAAAACAUCGGAACCACGACAGCUGCAGCAGCUGGAGGAAAAAGAUUCUUCCCAGGAGAACUUUAAGAGAUUAUCUGCUCGACCGUUACCAUUAACUCAACCUAUAGUUGAGGAAAUUAGAGUGAGAAAGAAUUCGUCAGAUGAUGCUCGACGGCUGUCCUACAGUAGCGUUAGCAAUAGUAGAAGGACUUCCAUUUGCUCAAGCCGGAUUUCCGAAAUUCCUGUUGAAAAUAUUGUCCAGCAGUCGAAAGUGAGCACUUUGCAGUGGCAACUAAAGGAGGUGGAGAAGAGUCGAGAAAUGUACAAAGCAGUGAUGAAACAGGUUGUGUCCUUUCUGGAAAAGGCACACCGGAACUUGGAACUUUUAGGACAUCGAUUAAACUCGAAACAAACGGUCCCUAGGUCGAAAAGUGAACACCAAAUUGUUGCAGGGCAAAGUGAUACACUCAACUCCAACGACGAUUAUUCAAUGUUCCGCGAUUUCACGUGGAGGCGCCCCAAGAAGCCCGAAACCUCCUCCGAGGAGAUCCCUCCCGAGAAACUGUCCCAGGAAGCAUUCAGGCUCCUCCGAACCGCUCAAUCUCUAUUGAACACUCAAGAGCCGAAGCUUUCCAACGACACUCCAGACGACUUAGAAUUUCUAGCACAGUUGGCAAAAGAGUUCCCUCAAACACCUGACCCGAAACCGCAACGAACAACAUCGUUCUCCCUAAGCCCCAAACUCCUAGUUCCUGAAAGAGAAACUCGCAUUGCCACCGCUUUCAACCGCAAACUCUCCCUACAACUCAACGAAACAAGAAGAAACUCCUUCAAAUAUUCCCCCAGAAAUAGCGUAAUAGAAACACCGCUUUUAUCCUCAACACUCAACGACUUCAAGGAGCACAUUAUUCUGAAUAACGAUAAACUGAAGUCGGAAAAAUCCAACUCGCCACCUGCUGGAAGUAUCAGUUCUGUGGAGGAUGAGAGUGGUUUUUCUUCGAUGAAUUCGUUUCAGGAUGUGGGAUUGCCGGUUGUUGGGGACGAAGUUACGGCAAAAAAUGUCUUGUUGAGGAGUAUGUUACAUAAUAAUGUUGAGGUUUCUGAUAAAAAUGGGAAUAUUGAAGAUGAUGUAAAAUUAUGGCAGAAACCUGAUGUAGCCCAUAAAAGAUGGAGUUCAACUCCUGUUAACUGUUCCGGGACCAAACAAUCACUGAAUGUAUUAUGGGUCUAGUGCUUUAAUUUCAAAUAUUUGCCAUUACUACUAAUUAUUUAUUUGUGUAUGCUGUUAAUAAAAAUGUGAUAAAUUACUAAAUUUUGUGUCUGCCAAUGGACAAUAAUAAUAAUAAUGUCACUUUUUGCAAUAUAAUGUGCUUUGAGGUUUCAAUAUUUAGGACUAUUUUUAAUUCCUCUAAUUAUUGCAUAAGGUAGAUGAAUUAAACUAUUGUUAUAAAUAUUUUUUUCUUAUUAGGUUAGGUCUAAAUUAGUUUGUAAAGUUACUGUGGUUACUUAAUUUAUUGCAUUUACAAGUAAUUUUGCCAAAAAUGAAUGUUAAUGUAUUUGCAAUGUUUAUAAUGAAAACAAUUACAAAUAUUUCAUAA